AUGCUUUCACAAACUGGAACCACUCGGCUAAAGUUCCUGCCAGAGAUAGAAGGUGCAACUUGUGACAUGUGUCCAGAAGUGUCACAUCGCGAAUUACCUGAAGCUGCGUGCGCUAAAGAAGUCGAUGCACACGAUAACAGUAUUAGGAUCAGUUGCCAACCAUUACCAGAGUUAUGUGCUGAAGAAUUAAGGCAAAGAUAUGGCGCGAAUGAUGUUACAGCAAAGACAAAUUCGAAAAAAGCUGAAAAUUUGAGGUUGCCAUCUUUGCUAGCAGUGACUGCUACUGAUCAAUCAGAUACACUGCCAAUAUCAGAAUCUUUUCAGUCUACUAGUCCACCUACUACCUCUUUGGAAUGGAGCAGAUCAAUCAAAGUACCACUAAGGACUUCUGGUGCCUCCCCAUCUACUGGAUUAUUCACUGUUUCUGGGCAAAAUGUAACUGCUUCAUUACAAUCCCUGACUACUGCGGAAUUUAACUUCGCUUUCAAAGCUGUUGAUAACAGUCAUACGACCACCUUUCAUGAUCUGUCUACAUCACCUUCCAUUACUGAUCAAAAGCAAUUAGCUGGAAAUAUUUUAUCUACCAAAACAACUCAUGCUCUACCCAUAGUCUCAUUCAUAACGAAAAGUUGGGCAAAAACUGAAAAUGUUGCAAAUACUAUUGAAUUUUCAAAAAAGACAGAGCCGAAAAAAAAAAAAGGGAACACAAAACAAUUUCCUGAACUGGAGACCACAACUUUGGUUUUCGAUUAUUCAGAAGACAAAUCAUACUCAAAUCAGAGUUAUUUUAACUCUUCAAUAGAUUACAGCAGUACGACUCGAAGUAUUGGUAAUAUUAGUAUUAAUAUUUUUGGUAAUAUCACUUUAAUUCCAUUUUGGACUGAACAAAUGUUUUUCAAUAACUUCAUACCGACAACUCUUUCAACAGCUGUAGCUAAUACAACCUUUACUUCUCAAGUCACAAACAUAGUUAAAGCCACUGUUGAUUCAGAAUAUCACAAUAUCACAAAAUUGACGUCAAAAUCUGCAACUUCUUUACUACCACUGGUGAAUUAUCCUAUAAAAGUAAGAAAAACAUCACUUUUCGCUUCUACUACCGAUGUAGUAAAAAGUUCAGCAAAAAUGGUGUCAUCACAGAUAACACCGAAAAACUCUUUUGUAUCCACCACAAGAUUCUUACAACCAACAGCCAUUACAACUGAAAUUAAACCAAAACUCUUCUCUUCUAUAGAAUCAUCAACAAUCGAAGUGAUAACAGCAAAACAAAGAUCUAUAUCUGCAAACCCCAUUACUAGCACCAUGAUUUCGAGUACACUAGUCAAAAAAGAUUUGAAUCAUAUGGCAAAACCAAUAGGAGGUGCAGAGUCCCAUAAUUCGAACCAUUUACCAGGUGAGGUAACUUACAAAUUAAGAUUAUAUAACGGGAUUAAAAAAGAUGAAACAUUAUUGUACCAAAAACAAAUAAUUAAUCAUAUGAAUGAUGGACAGGGACAAUUAAAACCUCUUAAAGAGGAAACUUUUCAGUCAAGUGCACUUACAAGUUCCUCUCCGACUGCAAUAGCAUCUUCAACAACAGCUAAUAAAUUACAAGCUACAGUUGCAAGUACUCCACAGAAACACAAUCUUAAAAUUAUUACUGGAUUGCCUUUCAUUCCUAAUCAAUACUUUUACGAGGCACUAACCACAAAUUAUAAUUUACACCAAGAUAUCUCCACACGAGAAAGUGAACUAAAUAAAAAGUCGAUUGGAGUGUCGACUCACAAUUAUUCGAGAAUCAAAUUUUCCGACAGUAACCAAAAAAUAAAUAAAGAAGUGGUUUAUUCUGGAACUACUGAUGGUAGGAUUUAUGUGAAGCACAAAAAUUCUGAAGCUUUCAACCAUUCUAUUGUAUCUAAAGAUUCAUUACAACAGAGCAAACGUACUCAUCCAGCAUCAAAGUCGAAAAAAGAUGAAUGGAGCGGCAAAAAUAAAAGUAUUCUAGUUUCGCUCUUAACACUUCCAACGUCGCAUACGACUGCAACACACUUACCGCAAUAUUAUGUUUCGAUACCAACAAAAUCAUAUCAAGUUGCAAGCAACAAGAAAUAUACUAAUGAUCAUAUUAAAUCUUUGACACAAAAACCAUAUCUGAGAGCCAAAGUGCGAAAUUUCGGUAAGAAACAGCUGCAUGAUGUUUACAAUAUUACGAAACCAAAUUACGAGGUUCAAACGGACAGCAGAAAUGUAUUUUUCAUAAACGACCAAUUUGGAAACAUCAACCACAUCCUACCUCUUAUUUUGAGACCGCCAAAAUCACGGCGAUUAUCAACAACACGAAUGAAUGAACCGGGAAGAUCUGCAUUUACUACAUCGAUUGAAACAGUUCAGGAUAGUAGUAUGAAAACAGGGCUUGCGCGAAAUGGCCUCAACUUGCAUUCUGACUCUCGAAAUAUGUAUAAAAGAAAAAAUAGUGGUGAAAACUUGACCAUGGAAACCAUCAAAUGUGAACGAUGUUUGGACAAACACAAGCUUUGUUGCUUUUGGGCAUUAUUGGGUGAAUGUGACAAAAAUCCAUACUGGAUGCAAAUCCACUGUGCACAGAGUUGUGGUACUUGUACACUCAAGUUAAAGAAAUGUGUAUCAACGGAUGUGCGUUGCUUGCUUUCUACUGCUCAAGUAGCAAGUGAACCAACUUCCAGUUCAGCAACAGUCUUGAACUUUGCCAACAUUUUGAACUUACCAAAUCGUUCGACAAUAGAAUUUUCCAAAGAAAAAAAAUCGAACUUUAUCUCUUCACAGGAUUCCGCAUCAUUACGUGCUACUACUACGUUACCUCCAAUGGUAAAAAUUAUCGACGAGAUCACGCCUACAAAGGCAAAAAUGAAGCUUUGUUUGGAUUAUAGCAUACACUGCAAAUUUUGGGCUGAUUUGGGAGAGUGCAUUCGAAAUCCUUUUUGGAUGAUGCCAAACUGUCAAAAAUCGUGCUUUACAUGCGGUAAAGUGUUUAGUAAGGUAUAUGAACCUACUCUACGCAAAGGAUGCACUAAUCAUAAUAAGUAUUGUCAAUUUUGGGCAUUUAGUGGACAAUGUGACAUGAAUCCGAACUGGAUGAAACGCUAUUGCCCUCUCAGUUUUGUGCAAAAAAAAAAACAAGGUAAUUCGAGAAUGGAGGAAAUCGUUUUGAUAAUGACAGCCAGCGUCGAUGGAUUCUUAGAGCUAAGAGGACGUGGUCAUUUCUUCCUCUGUUCUGCUCCUUUCACCUUCUAA